UACGGUCGCAUCUCGCAAUUCCAUCUCCCGUCCAUCUUCCUCCUGCCGGCAUCCUCGUCAUCGUUCCUUCAUCCAAUACCUCCUUAUAAUCCCCCCCCCUCAAAGCCAACGCCGCCCCCUAUCAUCCUCACGGCCUUGCUUAUCAACGCCACGCCCCGACUCCACCCCUCGCCCCACCACCAUGUCUCUCCACCCACAAUACUCCAGCGACAACCACGACCCAUUCCUCUCACGAAACCCCUCUGCCACCUCCUCGCUGCCUACUGUCGAAGACGCAUCCAACCAACCUCAGUACGCGCCCGAACAACAACAUUACGCGCCUCCACCGCUACCGCCAAGGCCGUCGGCGGCUCUCACGAGAAAGCCUGUACCAGCCAUCUCGGACAGUGAUCUGCCUGCACUUCGACGUCGUCGGUCUUCAGCAACUCCUCCCCCAGUACCUCCCCGCCCCAAUAAUCAGUACUCAACCUACAUAGCAGCACCUGCGGCGGCCUAUACUGUCCAACCGCAGGGGCCGGUUGACUCGCGCUUGCCACCGCCGCCGCCGCCGCCGGCCUCGUCCGGUGCUGCAUAUGUUGCCACGAAUGAGAAGGCGGGCUAUGAGCCGAAGCGAAGAAGCUGCUGGCCAGCUACAAGGAGGGGAAAGUGGAUUCUCUUUGGCAUCAUCGCGGCGUUGAUUGUCAUUAUCGCUGUUGUCGCCGCCGUCUGCGCCGUCGUCAUUCCCAACCACUCGUCAUCUUCAUCCUCUAGUAGUGCGGGUUCGGCUUCAGACAAUGGUGGACAUCCUCUGUCUAUCGCUGAAGGAGGGGUGGAUAAAGGCGAGGCAGGCGAUAUCCCUGUACACGGUAAUCGCUCAGCAGAUCACUUUGUCAUGACCACCAACCGUUCCAUCGUCGUCACCCGUCUAGACCCCAUUGUCAACCCAGGCGCUAUCGGCUCGCACAUGCACCGAGUGCACGGGUCAUCGUACUUUACGCAAAACUUGACAUCGGCCACCGAAAUGCAAGAGUUGGCGAACUGUACGACCACAGUCGUCCAGGAUGAUCUGUCGGCUUACUGGGUAUCGGCGCUCUAUUACCGAUACUCGAACGGGUCGCUGGUAUCUGUACCUCUCGAUAGGACGUCACUCUACUACUUUCAGAAGGCGCCUACCGGAGAGACAAUCUACCCCUUCCCCGACAACUACAACAUUGUGGCCGGAGACCCAUACAGGAGAUAUGUGAACGAAUCCGACCCCAAUCACACCGCAUUUUGGUACCAAUGCUACCGAGGGGACGGCAAUGAUCUCAAGUCCUGGGGCUUUCCCAAGAGUGCUUGCUCCGGCGGUCUCGUUCAGGGUAUACAAUUUCCCAGUUGCUGGGAUGGUGUAUACGCGGACGACGGAGACUAUACCGACCAUGUCACGUACCCAACGGACGACACCAAUGGCUAUUACUGUCCCUCUGGUGCGUCUUCUUGCCUCUCUCUUGUCUCUGUCUGACGACGUCGUAGAUUUCCCAAAGAAGUUUAUCACUCUGCAAUUCGAGACUGUCUUUGCCGUUUACGACUUUCCCUACAACGGAAACAACAACAUCACUUGGUUGUUGGCUAAUGGAGAUACCACUGGCUAUGGUAUCCAUGCGGACUUUAUGAACGGUUGGAAGACCUCUGUUCUUCAAGGUGUCUUGGACGACUGUCGGUACAUGAACGCGACCGAUAUAGAUUCUGUCGCCGACGACCCUCCCAAUUGCCCCCACUUGAACGCCUCCAUCAACAUGGACAUCACUCACUCCUGUCGCCUCCAAACAUCCAUCGUCAACGAAGAAGUAGGCGAGACAGUGUCCACCGCAUUGACGUAUUUGCCAGGGUGCAAUGCUAUAUGGUCUGGGAAUACGAGCAAGCCUGCUUGUCCUGAUGGGCGGGUUGAGGGAGGAGAUCUGGAUCUUGUCUCUGGGAGCGUGUACUAUAGGGAAGAGCCUUAUAUCAGCUGAGGCAGUGAGGCUUUGGUGGCUUGAUCUUAUAUGGGAAGAGCUUAUCUCCGCGUGGCGGGGAGUCGCGCUGGGCGCACUAUCUCGCAUGAUUAGAUGAUAAAAAGGGAUCCUCUUGGAUUACAUAUACAUUUAUAAUGUCCUGGUCUCGACCUGGUGUCGAAUGGAUACUUUGUUGUAAUAGAUGCUAUGCAGAAAGGUCCUCAAUCGGA